AAGUUUCUGACCGUUCUUACUUCAUAUACAUAAACAAACCAAACAAACAAACAAACAACAAACUCUUAGUUGUCAGCAAAACCCAAUGUCUAUCUCUCUUCUCUUCAUCAUCACCUUCGUUGUCUUCUCCGUAGCUAACCUCCCGUCGUGCUUCUCUGCUGAUCAACAGUACGAAGAGUGUAGAUUACCUCUGACAUGUGGAUCUAGACAGCAGGUGUUCGAGUCGAACACCACGUAUCCGUUCUGGGGAUCCAACAAACCCAGAUCCUGCGGCACAUCACCGUUCGAACUCUCCUGCGAGAAUAAUCAAUCCCUAACCCUAGAUAUUGGAGAUCUCAAACUUCGCGUAAGAUCAGUGAAUCUGACGGAUCAAGUAAUUACCGUUGUUGAUGAGAGCUUGUUAGAUGGGAACUGCUCACAGAUUUUGAACUUUACUGGCGAGAAGGAGUUUACAAUAUCCACUUCCACCGCAAAGAUCGAUUUGUUCGAAUGCCGCGAAAACGUAAGCUCGCUGUCAAAUAUUUCUUGCCUAACAAGCAACGACCGUCAGAAAACAUAUCACGUCUUCGGACAGUCGUAUACUCAUGUCAAUAGUUGUGUAAAGGUUGGAGAAAUUCCAAUGCUUCAGGCUGCUAAGAACGAUCUUUACCUGUCAAAUGACUCCAACGGAGCAUUGGACCGCGCUUUGGAACAAGGGUUCGACUUGAAAUAUAAUAUACAAACUCAAGUUUGCGAAGAUUGUACCACUUCCGGUGGGAUUUGUGGUUCGGGGUCAGGAAAUUUCCAAUGUCUGUGUGAAGACAAGCCUCACAAGUCCUCCUGUCACGAUAACCAAGCUAAUAAUUCUGAGAUUCACAAACGCUGCAGUGGACCGUUUAGCUGUAGCAAUCAGAAAGAACUCUUUUACCCUUUCUGGAUAGCUGGACGAGAAGACUGUGGUCAUCCUGACUUCAAGCUCGACGACUGUAGCGCAGGAUUCCCAGAGUUUAGCCUUUCCUCUGUGAAAUUCAGAAUCCUAGAAGCUGAUUAUAUCACUGGUAUCAUAAGACUUGCAAGAUUGGAUUACACAGAAGAUAUUUGUCCCGACCAUCCUAUAGAUGCACCAUUCAAUGGAAGCAUUCUUCCGUUUGCUAACAACACCAAGCUGCUGACAAUUUACUCCCAGUGUACCAAGGACUUAUCAGCCCUUGUUUCUAGUAAUGUUAAAGAGCUUGCUUGUGGGGAUGAUAAUGGUGAUGAAAUAAGAUAUUACGUGACGAGGGACCUCUCAUUCUCUCCUCUUGACCCGAUUUCUACUCUUUUAAACGAAUUCGAAAGAUAUUGCGAUAGAAACGUCAGUAUUCCUGUAUCUGGACCAACACUCAACACUCUGCAGCUAACUUGGAGUAGAGAUAAUCUAAAGAAGGCUUUUGAAGACGGUUUUCAGCUUGGACCUAACCAAGAAUGUCCGAAGUGCAUUGAAUCUGGCGGUGCUUGUGGGUAUAAUCAGAGCUCAAGUAGUUUCACCUGCUAUUAUAUGGAAGAACAACAUAAAGGCCUCUCGCCUGGAGCAUUAGCAGGCAUUGUGGUUGUUUCUAUAUCAGGUUUGGCCAUUCUUACACUCGCAUGUUUAGGCUGCGCAUGUUUAGUCUGUUCCAUCAGACAGAGAAGGAAGAAGUCGAAUAAUCCAAGAAAGAAGAUAUUGGAUGAUUCAAGACAACAGUAUCUAAAAGCCCUUAUACCACUAAAACAUUAUAACUACGUCCAAAUAAAGAAAAUUACAAAGUCAUUCGCUGAAGUGGUGGGGAAAGGCGGAUUUGGAACUGUUUAUAAAGGAAUCCUUUGUGACGGUCGUAUUGUUGCAGUAAAGAUCUUAAAAGAUUCUCAAGGUAAUGGAGAAGACUUCAUCAACGAAGUUGCGAGCAUGAGUAAAACUUCUCAUGUCAACAUUGUUAACCUCCUAGGAUUCUGUUCUGAAGGUUCCAAGAGAGCAAUUAUUUACGAAUUUAUGGAAAAUGGAUCUCUCGACAAGUUCAUCUCUAGCAAGAAGUCAUCAAUUAUGGACUGGGGAGAACUAUACAGAAUUGCGCUAGGAGUUGCUCGUGGUUUAGAGUACUUGCACCAUGGCUGCAGAACAAGGAUUGUGCAUUUCGACAUUAAACCACAAAAUGUACUCUUAGAUGACAAUCUUUGCCCCAAAGUUUCAGACUUUGGCCUCGCGAAGCUCUGCGAGAAGAAAGAGAGUAUUUUGUCAUUGCUAGACACAAGAGGUACAAUAGGGUACAUUGCACCUGAAUUGUUUUCAAGAAUGUACGGUAGAGUUUCCCACAAGUCGGAUGUGUAUAGCUAUGGAAUGUUGGUUCUUGAGAUGAUUGGAGCAAAGAACAAACCACCAAGUGAAGACUCUGCAUCAAACCAAAGCUCAAUAUACUUUCCUGAAUGGAUAUAUAAGGAUCUUGAGAAUCAAGAUAACGGAAGACUUCUAGAGAAUGACAUCAAUAGCGGAGAAGAGGAGCUAGUAAAGAAGAUGACAUUGGUGGGUUUGUGGUGUAUUCAGUCUUCUCCAUCAGAUCGUCCAUCGAUGGACAGAGUAGUAGAGAUGAUGGAAGGGAACCUAAAUGCUCUUGAAGUCCCUCCUAGGCCUGUUUUUCAAAUUCCUGUAGCACCUCUUCAAGAAUCUUCUACAAUAUCAGAGGAUGUCUCAGCUUAUACAGAGAUAUGCUCGGUAAAUAUCACAUAAAGAGAAGAGACCGUAAGGAACAUAUUAAAGAAGAAAAAUUAUUGCGACAAAAACAUGUAUUCAUUUUUACAGCUUUCUCGUGCUUGAAAAACUGGUUACGCUAUAAAGUGACUGUAUCUAA